AUGGAAAAACGUGCGCGCUCAUUCAGUACUUCGCCAUCUUCCGGCGUAAAGAAAACUCGCACUACGGGACCAUCUUCUACAUUCAAUCCCAACAAGAUUGCAACACACCAAGCAGCCGCAGCCGUUGACGCAAAUCCGCCUUUAUCAAUCCUUCUCAAGACAGUCGAGGAUGGUCUCAAGAAUCCUGCCAAGGGAAAAUCUAUCGUGUACUGGAUGAGAAUGGGAGACUUGAGAAUCCAUGAUAACAGGGCUUUGUCGCUUGCUUCUGCUCAAGCUCAGAAAGAUAAUAUUCCUUUAAUCGUAUUAUUCAUUCUCAGUCCUCAAGAUUACAAAUCGUUGGCGGAUUUGCAUAUUCCUUUGCAUAUCCUCACCGAAAAAGUGCGGCAAUUGGUUCCCGCCAAGCUCGUCUCUCUUCUGUCUUCUUUGGAAUGCACUACAAUCUACGCCAACAUGGAAUACGAAGUCGAUGAAAUCCGGCGUGAUGUCAAGGUUUGCUCUUUGGCCAAGCAGGAUGGAAUCGACGUCACUUUCGUCCAUGACAAAUGUAUUGUAGAUCCCGGCGUCAUCGUUUCCGGUGAAAACAAGCCUUACGUGGUCUAUUCGGCGUAUCAACGGAGGUGGUUAGUAAAGUUAAACGACAAUCUUCCCUAUUAUCUUGAAGACUGUGCUCCACCGAAACCCAACUCUGAAUCAAUUCGGAACAGCGAGUAUUCGAACUUGUUCGAUAGCCCAAUGCCAAUUUUUGUGGAAGGAUUUCAGUUAGAUGAACCCACGAAAAAGAAAAUGGCACUCGUAUGGCCAGCAGGCGAAGAGAAAGCACUUUUAAUGUUGGAACGGUUCUUACACACCAAAGCGCGCACUUCUCAAAUGGGAUUUGUAGACCCCCUUGCUUCUGGUGCGGAAGAGUCUAAACCAUCCAGUCGCAUCGUCAAGUACGAUACGCGUCGCGAUGUGGUGGAUAGUGAUACCACAAGUCGUCUCAGUCCUUAUCUGUCAGCAGGAGUGAUUUCUGCACGCACAUGUGUUCGUGCUUCUAUGAAGCUGCUUGGGGUCAAGAAAGUCGAUGGAGGAAAGACGACGGGGGUUGGUAGAUGGGUGCAAGAAUUGGCGUGGCGCGAUUUCUAUAUCAACCUGGUCGUCGCCUUCCCAAGGGUCAGUAUGGGCAGACCAUGGCUAGAAAAAUACGCUGCCGUCGUUUGGGAGGCUCAUCAGUCUCCGGAGAAGGGGGAGCAUUCAAAAGAUUCAGAUAGUGAACUUCUGAAGGCCUGGAAGAAUGGUAUGACGGGAUAUCCUAUCGUCGACGCUACCAUGAGGUGUAUCCGAGAAAUGGGUUGGGUUCAUAACCGUCUCAGGAUGAUUACUGCUAUGUUUCUUACUAAGAACCUUAUGUUCGAUUGGAGAGUUGGGGAACGGUACUUCAUGGAAAGUCUCAUCGAUGGCGACCUUGCGUCUAACAACGGCGGUUGGCAGUGGUGCGCUAGUACAGGAGUGGAUCCUUGCCCUUAUUUCCGGAUAUUCAACCCGUACAAUCAGAGUGUCAAGGCUGACCCGAAGGGCGAAUUUAUCAGACAUUUUGUUCCUGAGUUAGCAUCAAUCAAGACUUCCGAGAUACACAAUCCGUCUCCCAAGACUGCCCGAGCUUUAGGGUAUCCCUUACCGAUUGUUGACUACAAAGAGACGAGAGAAAGGGCUUUGAGGAGGUUCAAGACUCCUGGGGAGAUGUGA